AUUAAUUACGUACUUAAUUGAUUUUGAGUUUCUAUAAAUACAAGUCCUGAUCAUAUCCACUUCCUUAUCAAACUAAGUAAUUGUUACUUAAUUUUCAACUCUCUCUCCUCCAAAAACAAACUCUCUCUCUCUCUCUCUCUCAACAAAUGCUAUCUUGGUCCCCUCCUUUGUUUUCACCCUUUGGGUGGCCCUUGGAAGACUCUUCUGUAUCUAUAACCCAUGAAGAAAACAAUUUUUUCACCAGAGAAGCAGAAGCUAAUUCAAGUACUCCAUCAUUUCUUAACUCUCCUCCUCUUUUAUCUCAUGAGCCCUUAAUCGCGAUUAAUAGUUGCGAAGGCGAAUGUAAGCAUUCGAAUGAUGAUGUUGAUCGUGAAUGCGAUGACAAUAUCGCAACAACAACACCAACGAUAACGGCGAAGAAACUCAGCCAUAAUGCGAGCGAGCGCGACCGCCGGAAGAGGAUUAAUGACUUGUAUUCUUCCCUCCGUUCACUUCUUCCGGCAGCUGAUCAAACGAAGAAAUUAAGUAUUCCAGCCACGGUAUCGCGAGUACUAAAAUACAUACCUGACUUACAAAGGGAAGUAGAAGGACUUGUUGAGAAAAAGGAAGAGCUCGUAUCAAGAAUUCACAAGUCCAGGAAAAUACAAGAUUCAGCUCACAUCAAAAGGCGAACAAAGUGCGUGAAUCAGAAUGCCUUAUCGGUUGUUUCGGCGAGUCCGUUGGGAGAGAGAGAAGUUUUGAUCCAAAUUUGCACAAUUAAGGUUGAGGAGAGUAUUUUGAUAUCGGAAAUUCUGCUGAAUUUGGAGGAAGAUGGGCUGAUUCUGUUAAACGCAUCUUGCUUUGAAUCCUAUGGAAAUAAGAUUUUCUACAAUAUUCAUCUUGAGGUGCAAGGAGGUCAGAGGGUGGAGUUUGAAACUUUAAGGGAGAGGCUCUUGUCAUUUGUAUGAGAGAGAGAGAGCGCGCGCUCUUCCUAUGGAUUUUGGUGGUCCUGGGUACACUGUACUUUUUGUAAAUAAUAAUGUGAGCGUUUGAGUUUUUGUACAAUAAAAAAGGGACGUCUUAUAUUUUCAAAACGCCAGUAAUACAAGUAAAUGCCGUAUGAAGGUGGGAGAAAAGAUAAAACAAAAACUGAUUAUUACUCCAAAGAUUUGAUAAAUUUCAGAAAGAUCGAUGUAUCCGGUUUGGUGGAAAUGCCAUCGAACCAUGUAACGACUAAUGAGUGUUUUUCC